AUGGAAACGCCUUAUGUUGUUCGACUUCGUAAUUGUCAACUAUUGAGUUCACCUCAACCAGCUUUUACAUUUGAACAUCCAAAAAAAGCAAUAAAUCAGUCGUAUGCACGUGAAGUAUGUUGCAGUUUUACCAUUCAACAAGACGCUGUUGUACAUCGAAUAGCUGGUUAUUUCGAAGCAAUUCUCUAUAAGGACAUAACACUGAGUACACAUCCUGAUCGACAUAGCCCUCAAAUGGUAUCUUGGUUUCCGUUGGUAUUUCCGUUUGAGUAUCCGGUCCAUGUUCACUCUGGAGAUAAGACUACUUUAUAUCUCUGGCGUAAUGUAAAUAGUCGAUAUGUGUGGUAUGAAUGGGUGCUAACAGAACCUCGACCUACGAAAAUUCAUAAUGCAGCCGGUCAUGUUUACAAAAUUGCACUUUGA